AUUUUACCGACUGAAUUUCGGAGCUUAACAGCUGAAAUUGACCGAUGACACGUCUCUGUGCCAAAAAAAAAAAUUAACUAAUUUUCCGCGUAAUCUAUCCCCAGAAUGGAACAAAGAUAAGAUUGCCCUUAACACAAAAAAAAAAAUAUUGAAGAUAAUUUCCAGUAUCGUUCUUGAACUUGAACUUGAGGCAUGUCCCUCAAAUUUUACUACAUUUUUGAGUCGGCCGAGUACCGAGAGGUGAUUCUCACGGCGGACCAGUUAAAUGUCGAAGUAAUGACCCACAAAAAUAGCAUGUCACUGGGCGAUAAUUUUAAAGCGCAAUUUUUGCGGUACAAGCCACAAGAGCUCCCGCCAACUUUUUACGAUCACACAAUCGGACAGGCGUUGUGGGAGACAAAAGCGAUCAUUAUCUACUUGGCUGAGAAGUACGACAGUCAAAAUUGUGAUUUAUAUCCGGCAGAUCCGCUUUUCAAAGCGCGCAUCAACGAAAUACUCUUCUUCGACGAAACAAUUCUCAAAAAAAGUUUCAAGGAUUUUUGGUAUCCGCAAGUUUUCGAAGGCAAGCCGGGUUCUUUUGAGAAACUCAGUCAAAUGGAACGCGCGUUGGAGCAUCUAGACACCUUAUUGGCACGAGAUAAAUGGGCAGCUGGUCCCCAUUUGACCUUGGCGGACUUGGUAUUACAAGCAAGCAUCGCGAACUUUUGCGUUAUCGGACAAAAGGACAUUGGACGGUACGAAAACAUCGAACGGUGGCACCGAAACUGCGAAAAAUGGGUCAAGGGCUUCAAGAAAAACAUCACUGGCGCACUAGAAUGCAAAAAAUUGUUUGAUUUGUUGAAAUAAAUUGUUACAUUGGUCGCUUAUCAGUGUUAUCAGUGAAUUUUGUGU